AAAAAUAUUUUUUUAGUUACAAUAUUAUACUUACAAUCAUAAAGUUUACUCUGAAUAAGCAACAGAUCUUCAUGAGCAUUACACAAUAAACUUCAAGCUUUGAUUCAUUCCAACUCUUCUGCUAUCAAAACAUGUCCGACCAAGGAUCCGAACCACAACCCACUUCCACCCAACUUCAACCCGAAACUGACCCAGAUCCCAAUUUGGACCAACCCAGUAAUCCACAAAUCGGAUCCCAAGAACCCGAAUCACAACCCCAAACUUCGCCGGAAAAUGAAAUUGAGCCGGAAGCACAACCCACUUACGCUCCGAUCCAGACCCAGGAAAGCCUGCAACUAGAACAGGAACCGGAAUCGAAACCGGAACAGGCUAGUGCUGGUGAUGAAGCCAAUGCAGGUGAUCAGGCAACCGGUGAGGCGAUACCGGUGGAGGAGAAGAAAGGGGAAGUGAAUAGGACAUUGACAAUGAGGGAGCUGUUGGAUGAGUUGAAGACUGAGGAGCAGAGCGAAGAUCCUGCUGCCGCCACUCCUCGCAGUCAAGAAAGCACAACCCACCAACAGAAUAGUACUGCUAUGGAUUUGAUCAAUGGCGUGAUGAGUGCAGAUGAGGAAGGGAGGUCCCGGCAACGAAUUCUUACGUUUGCCGCACAAAGAUAUGCCAGUGCAGUAGAGAGAAAUCCAGAAGAUUAUGAUGCUCUUUACAAUUGGGCUCUGGUUCUUCAGGAAAGUGCAGAUAAUGUUAGUCCAGAUUCCAGUUCUCCCUCUAAAGAUGCUUUACUUGAAGAGGCAUGCAAAAAGUAUGCUGAUGCAACACGUCUUUGCCCUACACUGCAUGAUGCAUAUUAUAAUUGGGCCAUUGCUAUUUCUGAUCGAGCAAAAAUGCGUGGUCGUACAAAGGAAGCUGAAGAACUAUGGAAACAGGCAGCAAAAAACUACGAGCAAGCGGUUAAACUAAAUUGGAACAGUCCACAGGCACUCAACAACUGGGGACUUGCUCUACAGGAACUGAGUGUAAUUGUUCCUGCACGAGAGAAGUACACUAUUGUAAAAGCUGCGAUAAGCAAGUUCCGGUCAGCAAUACAGUUGCAAUUUGAUUUUCACAGAGCAAUCUACAAUUUAGGGACGGUUCUGUAUGGUUUAGCAGAGGACACGUCAAGAAGUGGACUACCCGUCAACGGAGAUGACGUAUCCUCGAAUGAGCUAUACAGUCAGUCUGCUAUCUACAUUGCAGCAGCUCAUGCAUUGAAACCAAAUUACUCAGUCUAUACCAGUGCUUUGAAGUUGGUGCGGUCUAUGCUACCUUUACCUUACCUAAAGGUUGGAUACCUUACAGCUCCACCUGCAGGGGUACUAGUUGCACCUCAUGGUGAUUGGAAACGAUCACAGUUUGUACUGAACCAUGAAGGACUUCGUCAGAUCAACAAUGCAAAGGACAGGCAAAUGCCAAGAAGCCUUUCCAAAUCUGGGGAUGCAGAAAAUAUUCAUAAGUCGUCACUUGUUGAAAUUAAUGUUGCAGAUAUUGUGUCUGUAUCACCAUGUGCUGACCUGACCUUACCAGCUGGUCCUGCUCUUUGUGUUGAUACAGUUCAUGGAUCAUUUUUCUUGAUUGCUGAUUCAUGGGAUUUGUUGGACGGUUGGCUUGAUGCAUUUCGUUUGGUUUACACAAUAUUUGCAAGAGGAAAGAGUGAGGUGCUAGCAAGUAUAAUUGGAUAAUUUGUUGGUACAUCCAGAGUUGUAACCGCAACAAUAAUGAUUUUUGUAGACAUCGCUUUUCAUUAUGGAGACCAAGAGUAUGGCUUCUCAGACAAUACUUGUAUAUGUUAUUAAAUCUCAAUUACUUCGACCUGCAUUUUGGUUUAUCAAGUUGUGAAUGUUUGUCAUAAUGUAUCAUGCAAUUUCGUCAUAGUUAAAAUAAUAUUUUAGUAGAAGGAAUUCCCCAGAAUUUCAUCUUUUGAUUA